UGGCAAACAGACCAUUUCAGCACACAUAUAGGUGUGAAAUAUUUGGUGGAUAUACAGUAGAGCCAUGGUUCACCUGUCAGUCGUGGUGUUGGUGUUGUUUUCUCUCCACGGCUCAGCACUCACCUCCCAAAAUGGCUCAGAGCUCCUUCCACGAACUUUCUCUGGUCACUUUGUAAUGGUCACAGAUGAGCCGGUAGAGUACAUUGACCUAUCUGUGUUGGACAGUUUGAAGGAUGACGGGGGGUCUGGCUCAGGGUUGGAGCAGGAGCCAGUAAAGAGACAUGGCCACCAUGGCCCACACCGGCAUCCCCAGAAGCGCUAUUCUGUCUCAGAGGAAGCCAAAGCUUUUCUCCAGGGUCGCCUGGCAACAAGCUUUGUCCCGACCAUUUACACCCUCGUUUUCAUCAUCAGCGUGCCCCUCAACCUUGUUGCCAUGGUGAUGUUUGUGCAUCACAUCCGUCCAAGAAAACCAGCGGUGAUCUACAUGCUGAACCUGGCCUGCGCUGACCUGCUGUUCGGCCUGCUUCUUCCCUUCAAGAUCGCCUACCAUUACCAUGGCAACAACUGGAUCUAUGGCUCCUUCAUGUGCAGAGUUGUCACAGCAGCCUUCUACUGCAACAUGUACUGCUCUGUCCUGCUCAUGACGUGUAUCAGCAUUGACCGUUUCCUGGCCGUGGUUUACCCCAUGAACUCGCUGACGUGGCGCAGCCCUCAGACAGCUUCAGCUGUGUGUGCUGCCAUGUGGCUGUUAGCCCUCGGAGGAGUAUUCCCUCUCCUGAUCUCUGGGCAAACCAUCUAUUUGCCAGACCUGGGCAUCACCACCUGCCAUGAUGUGCAGGAUGUGGAAAACUUACAAACUUACUAUCUUUACUUCUUCCCCAUCUACUCCUCUGUCUUCUUCUUCAUCCCUCUUGUCUUUACUGUUGUCUGUUACGUACGUAUUAUUCAGGCUCUGGCAGCAGCCAAUGUGGAGAAUCGCUCCAGGAAGACUCGAGCUGUGGUGAUGGCUUUAGUCGUGCUGGUGGUGUUUGUUGUCUGCUUCACCCCAACCAACAUCAUCCUGAUGGUUCACUAUGUUCAGCUGUCCUUUAAGUCCAGUGACAGUUCCUACCAGGCAUACCUGAUCUCCAUGUGUGUAGGCAGCCUCAGCUGCUGUCUGGAUCCAGUCCUCUAUUACUUUGGCUCCUCUCAGUGCCAGAAGCAGGUGGGAGCACUGGUCAGAUGUAGGCGACUGGUACAAGCAGAGAACAGCUCAGGAACGCAAAGUACAAGAACCACCGGGCGGACAGACAGCAGCAGGUCAUGCAAGAUGGAGAGCAUUCAAACUGGCAUGGGGAGCCAAUACAGCAGACUGGUGGCUUAAAGAAGCAUUUCACCCGUGGAAACAUUAAUCUUUAUUGAAAGUGGGUUAUAUAUGUAGUCGAAAUGUAACAUAAAUUUUGAAUUUGGUGCCUAUUUGACCGAGAAAAGAGUGUUUGUAG